CUGGAUACUACUACUCCCAGCCCUCCUCAAAGCCGCCGGAGCAACUCUCCGGUCUUGUUUACAAGUGGCAAUUUGACUUGCUCUGCUGCAUGUCUGGAGGGACCGUGGAAAGUGUGGAGACGCCCCGGGGAUUAAGCGAUCGCAGCUUAAAAAGAAAAAAAGCCAAACAAAUAAACAAAACCCACCCACCCUAACAAACAUGAGGCUGCUGGAGAGAAUGAGGAAAGAAUGGUUCAUGAUUGGAAUAGUGCUGGCGAUCGCCGGAGCUAAACUGAAGCCAUCCAUAGGGGUGAAUGGGGGACCACUGAAGCCAGAAAUAACCGUCUCCUACAUUGCUGUUGCAACAAUAUUCUUUAACAGUGGACUAUCGUUAAAAACAGAGGAGCUGACCAGUGCUUUGGUGCAUAUAAAACUGCACCUUUUCAUUCAGAUCUUCACACUUGCAUUCUUCCCAGCAACAAUAUGGCUUUUUCUUCAGCUUUUAUCAAUCACACCCAUCAAUGAAUGGCUUCUAAAAGGUUUGCAGACAGUAGGUUGCAUGCCUCCCCCUGUGUCUUCUGCAGUGAUUUUAACCAAGGCAGUUGGUGGAAAUGAGGCAGCUGCAAUAUUUAAUUCAGCCUUUGGAAGUUUUUUGGGCAUCGUUAUAACACCCCUGCUGCUGCUGCUUUUUCUUGGCUCGUCCUCUUCUGUGCCUUUUACAUCUAUUUUUUCUCAGCUUUUUAUGACUGUUGUGGUUCCUCUCAUUAUUGGACAGAUUGUCCGAAGAUACAUCAAGGACUGGCUGGAGAGAGAGAAACUGCCUCUCGGCGCCGUCAGCAGCAGUGUGCUCCUCCUCAUCAUCUACACCACGUUCUGCGACACGUUCUCUAACCCGAGUAUCGACCUCGAUACAGUCAGCCUCGUCCUCGUACUGCUCAUAAUAUUUUCUGUUCAGCUGAGUUUCAUGCUUUUAACCUUCCUCUUUUCAACAAGGAAUAAUUCGGGUUUCACACCAGCAGACACUGUGGCUAUCAUUUUCUGUUCUACACACAAAUCCCUCACACUAGGAAUUCCAAUGCUGAAGAUCGUGUUUGCGGGCCACGAGCACCUCUCCCUAAUAUCUGUGCCCUUGCUCAUCUACCACCCAGUUCAGAUCCUCCUGGGAAGUGUGUUGGUGCCAACAAUAAAGUCUUGGAUGGUGUCAAGACAGAAGAUACUGUCCAGCUCUGAACACCAUGUUGUCCUUUCUUAUAGGGAGUGAAGUUGACAAGGCCAACAGUAUAACGAAGGAGGCGGUCUUUAUGCAGCGAUGUAUAUAUGUACAGGAUUGUACAUACAGACAGUUCUGAAGACUUGUACUUGUGAAUGUUGCUUCGGUGCAUAUUUUAUUUUUUUACACAAAAAUAUGAUAUAACAGUUUAAGUGCCUUAAAAUGUAUUUGGCAGGAGCGUUAUUUCCAAAACCUACUUUGUUGGUUACUGCCAGGGGUGGUACUGUAUUUUGGAGUGGUUUUUGUUUUGUUUUGUUUUGUUUUGUUUUGUUUUGUUUUUCCAAACACAGGAAACCAUGAUCGUGACAAAAAGCAAACAUGCUUUCCUCGUACCACCUUUGGUGCAGUACAACCCUUCACUAGUUACUGCGCUGUUUGAAAUGAGGUCACACCAUCAGGAAAAUGCCCUUCUGAGGACAGUGAAAAUUUCCAAAGUCUUAUUCGUGAAUACUUUGAUUUAUUAUGUGAUUCUUUGUUUCUACAACUGUGACAUGCCUCUUCCUUAUCAACUCAGCAGGGGUCAUAGAUUGCAUAGAUGCUGAAAGGCAUAAGUUAUCUGCAUUUCUUGACAUCAUUUUUUAGACAUUCCUUCAGAUAGUUGUUUCCACGCAGAAAUUCCUCAGUCCCAUUAUAAGAGAUUGUGGUGUUAUAGGUCUUAAAUUUAUUAUAAGCUGCUUCAAAGAAAGAGCCUGAUGUUUGAGCUAUAAGGAAGUGAAGUUUUGAGAUAAACUACAGGACUUGGUAUUCAGGAUUUUUUGAAAUUAUAUUUCAUAUAUUUUCCCUCUUUCUGCCAUAAUUUCUUUCUUACCUGUUUUCCAGCACACUUGCAAACUCCUGACAGCCAAAUGUGAGACGUGCAAAUGUUACAGUCAGUUUGAAAACAGCAACAAUUAAUGAUGGAUUGUAGUCACAUUCCACAACUGAGACCAGAAUUUUUUCUUGUUACGCAGAUGUCUGAGCACAAAUUGCCCCUUUUAGCCAGAAGCAGCCUGUUUCAUCCUUGAAUUAAGCACACUUAAGGCAUUUGAGACGAGUUAUUAACGAAAAUUUCCUUGGCAGAUUUGACAAAUGUUUGCAACAGUUUUUUGAAAUUAAAUCAUAUUGUUCUUAUGAAUAAAUAAAAAUAUAAAGGUCAUGGACACAAACAAAUGUUACAUAUAUACAUUUUGUCUAGCCAGAUGGAAAGAAAAAUGGGCACGGAAAAUAACAAAACCAUUCAUUAACCAAAAGAUCAAAUAAAAUGAGUCCCCAAUUGGGCAUCAGCUUUCAAAGGAGUAUUCAAUCUUUGCUUCGACUGUGGCUGGACGAACUUUCACUGGACACAAAUAGAGGAGAAAGAGAUAUAGAGAAUUAGGGGACAGUUGUUCUGUUUCCUGCCCAGCAUUUGGUCACGUCCUCUCCGCAUGUCCUUUCUUGAUUUGACAGACAGUAGUGGCAUCCUGGGUCACACUGAGGCUGACUCUGUGGUCAGCAGCAGAAAAGAUCAUUCCUUAGAAACUUCCCAGGUUUAUCAGUAGCGUAAAUUCAUAAUUAUCGUCACAGCCAGGUCUCAUCUUGUGUUACUUCGGACCAUUUCAAUAUUGCUGGACCUCAUCCAUUUCACAGGAGUUAUCCUCAGUGUAAAUUUUAAGGCUAAUGCCAGACUCUGCAAAAAUGUGUGGUGAACAGGCUGUUGGUCAAGAAUUUCACUUAUACCUAAAACUCCGGUAAUUUUGCUCGAUAUUUCUGAUGCUCACAAAUGGAGCACAGAAAGAUUUUUGUGUUUUGUUCCUACAACUUUCUUGGAAUUUCAAAGGCAAUGGGGUUGUCUGUCUGUCUGUCUGAGCUAUAAAAAUCUUUCUCCCCAGCAUCAGAAUACUGAUUUUUUUCUCCCCAACUCAUCUACCUCUAUUGUCUGACACCUACAGUAGGUGUGAUUAUGGGAUAAGGGUCAACUGAAAAUGCUAUAACGUGCUUUAAAAAAAUAUGUUUUGUUUUCGAAUAAUCUCUACAUAGUGCAUUUUGGUGGCUUUAGUGAUAUGUUUAUGCCUAUUUCUUUUUUUACACAAAUAUUAUGACAUAUUUUUCCAUAAAGAAUAAAAAUUAAAAUCACAAUUUAUUUGUAAUUCAUGCUUAUUGGGAUUUAAUUAUUAAAAAACCUCAAAAUAUUUUAUUAUUGUGUUAUGCACUGUCAGGCUAUCCGUUUAUGCAUUUUUUUGUCUAAAUGUAUUUAUGAAGGAAAUACAUUAGAUUAUAUUUAUGUUUACUCAUUUUUCCACCUGCAUUUUUUUAAGUGUUUGUUAUGAAAUUUGAUUUUUUUUAAUGGGUGGUAAUGUUAAUCUUUUCAUGUGUUCUUUUCUAAGUUUUAAAUUUUGUAUUUUUUAAAAAUUCCCUAUUCUGUUUAAAACUAACACACCUCUGGCCAAUGUUCAGUGUUUGUUUAUGCUAAAUACCAAAUUUUUACAAAAGGAUUGGUGAAAUAAUAAAGUGGAUUAUUUAUGAUGAAUGGAAGAUGGAAAUAAUUCUAUGAUUAAACAAAGAAAUGUUUCAGAA